CAGGGAUUCUACACGUAUCAAUCGGACUAGCUCCACAAGCGCCAUCGAUUCUAACUACCCAGGGCGGGGCAGUGCAGCCUCGUCGUACUUCCAAACUACAAUGCCAAGUAGAGCAGCAAUGACGAAGCGUUGGACUCUAAACAUGUCGAACUCUCAACAGCGAGAGAUAGCCCACAAUUGCACGACGUUUCGGCCCAGGCCCCAUCACUGGGUGCCUCGAUUGCUCUCAAGGAUGUAUUGCUUGUGUGGAGUAAACGGAUGGAGCAUUCAUUUCUCGGACGGUGGGAUGGUGGGUAGACCCACUCGCUUCUGCCCAGGCAUGUUGCCGAGAAGGCCGCUCGUCGUCGAGUUUGGCUUGCUUCUCCGCGGAAGGAUCAGCUUGAGGUCUUCGGGAGAGAGUGUGGUCCCGUGGUUGAUGGCAUUGUUGAGCCUCUGUGUCCGUUUUUGCGAGGCUUUGAGGUCCUUUCUCAGCGAGUUGAUUUCUGUUAGCAACGCUACGUUUUCUUGCAUGAUCCGGAGAUUCUCGGCGUAUCGGUUGGAUGCUCCUUUGUUCAGCUCGUGGCGGAGGGUCUUGGCGGUGCUCUCGAGAUGCUCUCGCUGCUGUGCUUCUUCUAUUUCGUCGUCCUUGGGGCCGUCCUCACUUUCGUUGGCGGGAGCCAGUGCAGCCUCGGGCGGCGGCUGUGGUAGCUCAUCUGGGGUAUUGGCAUACUUAUGGAACAUCGCCACGACCUUUUUCUUGGUCAUAUCCAAAUCCUCGGGAUCCUUGCCGAGCCCUUUGAGAUCACCUUGGAUGCGUCGGAGGAUCGACCGGACCUCUCGCCCCUUCCAUGUCUCAACGUUGGCUUCGUGCUCGGUCGCCUUCACCUUCAUCAAGAGGUCCUGGAUGGCCGUGUUGAGGACAUCGUGCCGCUUGUGGUAGGCGUGCAGUUCGAUGUCCAUUUCCUUGAUUUGGUUGGACAGGGUGACAAUGUCUCGCUCACGGGGCUCAACCUGCUUCUUGAGCUCCAUGAUCUUGUAGUCCAGCACAAACUUGAACUUUUCGAGCUCUUGGUUCUUUUUCUUGAGGUCGUAGAUUCUCUUCUCCUUGUCCUGGAUAGUAUCGUCUCG